GUGAGCUGGAGGAACGACGCUGAAGCGUGUGGUUUUUAUAGCCCAAGGGAAGCAUCAGUUCUAGAAGCUUGAGGUGAGACCGAUCAGAGGUGAGACUUUCCUAUCGGCUGCGGGGCGCUUCCAUCUUCGAAGUAUCUCGCUCGGAGGGCGCGAGAACUGCAGGCAAGUCACCACAUGCAGAAAAUAGAUACUAAGCCUGUAAUUGUAGGCAUGAUCUGUGGUUAGACCUUGUGGGUUAUGCCUGCUUGCGUGUAUACGGGGGUGGGUCAGACGUGGAAAAUAUGUUCGACGCGAGUCUCUUGGCUGCCGACAUAUCCCUGCACGUCUCUGUCGAUCGAGUCUGGACUCUCGGGCUCGACGGGGAUUUCAUUCCGUUGGAAUUUGCGUCACAGUCUGCCGACCCUUGUUUCCGAAGACAUGUUCGAUACAUGUUCGAGAAGCUACACCACCUUCAGCAUCAAUACUAGUUCGGCAGUGUAUAAGAGAUGACCACCGGCGUUGCGCGUUGACGAUUUUUCUAUCGACAAGCUUUUGAGUGAAGGUCUAGUCCCGAAGUGGAGACGUCUGACAUCAGAUGCACGCAAAAGUCCGAUGCG